AUGGCUGCGAGACCCACUUUCUGGCAAGACAGGUUGAAGGAUCACUGUAACGCUGCCCAGAUCGAACAGCCUAGAUGGCAAGACGUUUCAGAUCGUCGAGGAGGCCGCACCGCAUGGUCUAGCGUCGUUGUAGUCGGGGAAAAGCAAUUCCCGGCCCGCUACUGGUACGACGGUAACUACGUCGAGCAAGCCCGCGAGGACGCCGCCGAAUGCGCUCUCCAAUUCUAUGGCCAGACGCCCGCUACCACCACCUACCAGCGUGCCUACGGUCAAGUCAGCAGCUCAUAA